GCCGCCGCCGCCGGAGACCGCUUCCUCUCCUGCCUUUUGCCCCCCGCCCAGCCCAUGUUCAAGGAAAGCGGGCUGGCCGCCGCCGCGCAGCCCUCGCUGCUGCCUCCUCGUCGCCCUUGCCGCCUUGUCUACACCGCCGGGAAUCGCCUCUGUAAUCGCCCAGCCAGAGAGCCGCCCCCGCUGCCGCCACCAUGGCUGAAUUAGGACAGGAGCUCGUCCACCUGGUGUGGGGCAAAAAACCUGGCUCUCAGGGCCUCGCAGAUACCAUCUUCUAUCGCUGGGCGCAAGGGUUUGUGUUCAGUGAAUCAGAAUCUACUGCAUUAGAACAAUUUGAAGGAGGCCCUUGCGCGGUGAUUGCACCUAUUCAGGCAUUCCUUCUGAAGAAGCUUUUAACUUGUGAGAAAUCUACCUGGAGACAAUGUCAAGAGGAAGAGCAGAAGAAUCUCCUUUGUCAUACCUUAAGUGAUAUUCUGGAACUGGCUUGCUCUGAUCAUUCAGAAUCAUACUGCUUGGCAACAUGGCAAAGAGGAAAAGCUGCUGAAGAAACUUCUAGUAUUUCUGAGACCCCUGCUGAGUCAAGCCACCAAGAGGAGCAGCCCUCUGCCUUGGCUGUCGAAGAGCUUGGCUUUGAGCGAUUUCAUGCAUUAAUUCACAAGCAAUCAUUCACAAGUCUUCCUGAUUUUAAGGAUGCCGUUUGGAAUCACUAUUCAAUCUGGACAAACAAAUUUGGCGUGUUGCUUUUUCUGUAUUCUGUGAUACUGACCAAGGGCAUUGAGAAUAUUAAAAAUGAAAUUGAAGAUUCAACUGAACCACUGAUAGAUCCUGUUUAUGGUCAUGGAAGCCAAAGCUUAAUUAAUCUCCUGUUGACUGGGCAUGCAGUAUCUAAUGUCUGGGAUGGAGACAGAGAAUGCUCAGGAAUGAAACUUCUUGGAAUACACAAACAAACAACUGUUGGUUUUCUGACACUAAUGGAAUCUCUCAGAUACUGUAAGGUUGGCUCCUAUUUGAAAUCCCCAAAGUUCCCUAUUUGGAUUCUUGGCAGUGAAACUCAUCUCACAGUCUUCUUUGCCAAGGAUUUGGCUCUUGUUGCUCCUGAAGCUCCCUCAGAACAAGCCAGAAGAGUCUUUCAAACAUAUGACCCUGAAGAUAAUGGAUUUAUACCAGAUACUCUUUUAGAAGAUGUAAUGAAGGCUUUGGACCUUGUAUCAGAUCCUGAAUAUGUAAAUCUCAUGAAGACAAAAUUAGAUCCAGAAGGACUAGGAAUCAUUUUACUAGGACCCUUUCUUCAAGAAUUUUUCCCUGAACAGGACUCGAAGGUGCAAGAAUCAUUCACUGUCUAUCACUACAACGGGUUGAAGCAAUCAAAUUUUAAUGAAAAGGUCAUGUACGUUGAAGGUACAGCAGUGAUUAUGGGCUUCGAAGACCCCAUGCUGCAGACGGAUGACACACCAAUCAAGCGCUGUUUGCAGACCAAAUGGCCAUACAUAGAACUACUCUGGACCACAGAUCGAUCCCCUUCAUUAAAUUGAUGCUGGGGAGAGACUUUAUACUAAUACUCAAUGUUUUGAAUGAGGGCGGGUUAGGUGACUGCCUCUAUUUAAAAAACUAGCGGAUUAUACUUUGUGUGGCUAUACACUGGUAUCACUGAGAAACUGUAAAUAAACACUUUUUCAGUGUUAAUUAGAAUAUUUAAUUUUUUUAACUAUUUGCCUUGAUUUGUAUUAUACCAACUAGUUCCUUUUUGGCCUUUGUAGUACAAUUAAAAUGUGAGUUCCCACCCAGAAGCCUCUUUGUUCCACCUAAAAAGAACCUGAAAAUGGUCUAGUAGUGCAGCAUCUGCAUAUUGAUUAAAUUUGUCUUAAAUAUCAUAGAAUACAAUUGUUUACACUCUUGUUUGGCCAUAUGUUUUACUGCAUCCGAGCGCAACCCAUGUUGGAGUUCUCUAUACAAAUAUCACUGAAAUGGAAGAGGCUUAUGAAAAGAAACAAUUGUCCUUUUAUACAAUUUUAAUUUAUUCAGUGAUGUUCAUGCAGGAAAUCUGGUGGAUUGCGCCCUACACUACCGUAUCAUAGCUUAGGGACUAGAUUGGCAUUUGCACUGAAUAUGUUUGAAUGAAAUAAAUUUCUGCUGUUUUCCUCUCAAAAUCUGACCUUGAAUAUACAUAGCUUUGAGCAAGAAUAAUGAAUAUUUAAAUAUGCCUAACUAUAAAUGCUAUUUAUCAGGGGUUUGACUGUUACAAGGUUUACCAGAUCAAAGUCAAAGCAGGAGUUUAAAAAAGAAAAUUAAUAUUCAAAAUUGUAUAAAGGAAAUGUAGAAAAAACUAAUUGCAAAGAGAAUUUGUGCUAUGAUUUUGAAGCUAUUGAUAUUAUUGCCAAAUACCUCUUUUCAGUAUGUCCUAACAAAAACAUAUGCCAGCACUAUUGUAUGUGUUACAUGCAUGAAAGCAUCUGUUAUUCAAGUAGUAUAGUCCAUUAUUUAUUAUCUAGCAAGGCUUAAAUAAAACAACUGCCCAAAUACUGA